ACAAAAAAAAACAUCUUUCUUCUUUACCAUUUUCUUUAAGAUCAUGACAACAGUUACUACCGAAAUCGAAAUUGCUUCUUCGUUUCCGGCUGAAAAGGUUUUCAAAGUUUUCAUGGACUUUGAAAAUGUUGCACCAAAGGUCAACCCUGCAGUUUUCAAGUCUAUCGAGACACUCGAAGGCAACGGAGGUGUUGGAACAGUAAAGCUCUUCACCUUUGGUGAAGUCGUCCCAUUUACACACGGAAAGUACAAGGUUGAUGCCGUGGAUGAAAGCAGCUUUAGCUAUAGCUACACAUUCUUUGAAGGUGACAACUUGAUGGGCAUAUUACACUCCAUCACCCAACAUGUUAAGGUCAUACCUUCAGGUGAAGGAAGCAUAUACAAGCACACAAUUAUUUAUAACUGUAAAGGUGAUGAAAAGCCGCCUGAGGAGGCUCUUAAGGCAGAAAAGGAAGUGUAUGAACAAACCUACAAGGCUUUUGAGGCUUAUGCUAUUGCCAAUCCUGAUCUUUAUUGAUUGUCCCUUCAAUCAAUUGGAUUACUUUUCGUGAACUUGCAUGUUGGUUGUGUUUUGUUUUUUCUUAUGGUUUAAAAUAAUGGACAAUGUUCAAUGUUGCUUAAUUGUUGUGCUCCUUUGGAUGAUUAAUUUUCUCGAAUACAUUGCAUAGUUUCCUUUGUUGUUGUUAA